CCUGUCGUACCUCGUGUGGCCACAUGGCAACGAGAGGGGAGACGGAGAUGGGAAAGCAAACGAGUCCGUCCCGGGCUUUGGCCUUUGCUCUUGCUACCCUCACAGAGACCGAGACGCCUCAGGCCCUGGCCUCGGCCUCGUCCCGCACACGGACGCUGCCGUACAUGACCACCACGUCGGCGGUCCCGCACCCGCAUGCUUCGGGCUCGCACUCGGCACCGGUCUCACCGUGUGCAACUGUAGCUUCCGCAUCGUCUGUGCGCGAGUCAAACGCGGUUCCGUUUGCCACUUCGUCGGUGCCGUCCGCUGGUGUCGUGCUGUCGUUCAGCCACGGACCUCCGCCGGCGGCAGAGGCGGAGGCCGAAGCCAGCGUAGUCGCUCCGGAGCGCUGUCUUGCGGCGGGCGAGAGCGCGCUGGAAGUCGAAGUUGAUGUCAGGCCUGAUGGGCAGAGCGUGAGCGUAGGCGCAGGCAUGUCGUCGACAUCUUCGGUGUACGGGUCGGGGCGGGAGGCGCUGCGAUCGUACGUCUCGUCGCUCGCGCUUCUGCUCUCGCUCUUUCGGGCGCUCGUUCCCGUCUCGUCGCGAAAGUAUCGUCUGCGAACGUACCACGGGGUGUUUGUGGCGUCCGAAGCGCUGGAUGCGUUGGUACGCUCGGGUGCACUCCCGUCAAGGCCGGCGGCGCUCCGGCUCGCGGAGCGACUCUUUGAUGCCGGAGCUUUCUAUCACGUCACCCGCGAGCACAUGUUCAAGGACAAGCGCCUGUUUUUCCGCUACCGUGACGAUGCUGGCGAGUACGGCGACGAGGUUCCCGAGUACGAGGCGGGGUACGAUGCGCAGGUGGCGGCGCGCGAGCGUGCGGUGCUGAUCACCGAGGCUCAGGUGGCGUCGUCGCCGGGCACGGGCGCGCUUGGCUCUCCACUGCCAUCGGAGAUGCCAUGCACGCGGCCGUUUCUCGCGCUUCCGCUGACCCUCUCGACCGAGCUCGAGACCCAUUUGCACUUGUUUGAGAGCGCCAUCUAUGUGUCGCAGCGCAAGGUGCCUGGACAGGGCAUGCUCUCGCACGUCUUUGUGGCCGGCGAGGCCGUGACGGCGCUUGUGGCACGCGGAGUGGUCAACACUCGAUUGCAGGGCGUCGCCAUCGGACAGCGGCUGCUGGAAGCCGGCGUCAUCCACCACGUCUCGUUUAAGCACGAGUUUACCGACUCGCUCGAGUUCUAUCGCUCGACCCUGCUGGCCCUCACACCGCUUCUAGACGGGUGGGACGAGCGAGUGGCACACUACCGAGCGAGUGCUUCACCGCGGCAGCCGGAAGCGCAGCUGGAGGAGCGCCACGGUGCCGACAGCCCAUGCGCUGACAUCGCGUCGGUGUGGACCAUGCCGCUCGACGGCGAUCUGGUCGCCGCAGGUCGGGUCGAGGACAUUCUCGACGGCUCGGUCCAGUCUCUAGUCGAGAUGGACUUGGACCUCAAGCUGCUGGAGAAGCAGUUUCGCGCCGGGGUCAAGGUCUACAAGCGCAAGCGGUACCUGCUGCGGGCUUACAACGACGUGUUUGUCGGAUCAGAGGCUGCCGAGUGGCUGUACGCUUGGCUCCUCAAGCAGGGCUUUUACCCCACACUCGAGGCUGCCGUCUUGCUUGGCAACGAGCUCUUCCACCGGCGAGUCUUCCGGCACGUUGUUGACGACCACCCGUUUCGGGCGGACGAGCUCUUCUACACGUUUCUUUCGCCAUCGGCGUCUGCGGAGCAGGCCAAGAUCAUUGCGGCGCGCAAGCCGUCUGUGUACAUUGGGCCUGCAGCCGGCGGCGGCGACUCGUUCUCACGGGCCGGUCCGCCGGUCCAGAGCCCAUCACCGAUGGGCACUGCACCAAUGCAGGAGGCGCCGUUCCCGCCGAGGGUUGCCAGCCUCUACGCCUCUGUCCGCGACAACUCGGGCGAGGGCGUCAAGUUUAUCUGUCCGCGGUUGGUGUGUGGCGGAUUUGCCGUCUCGUCACUCCGCCGCCUUGCAGCGCACAUGCAGGCCAUGCACAUUUUGCCGCCAGGCAACGAGCCGCGAGUUGACUUUGUAGCCAUCCACGCCGCCGACGGCAGCCCGUUUCCGCGCUCGGGAGCGCAUUCGGCGCUGGUCUUUGUCGUCGCCGACGUGCCGGGCAUCGUCCAUUGUGCUGCCUCGCUUGAUGGCUCAUGGUCGCCGCAGCAUCUCGAGGUUGCGGCUUAUCAGCCGGCGCAUGUCGUCUUUACCUCGUCGUCCUCUUUUUCCAAGGGCGAUCUCGUCUCCUCGCUCCUCCUCUCGCUCGACUGCGGUGCGGCGCCGUCGGCCUCGAUCUCGGCUAGCAUUGCUAUCCCCAGCUCGCCACACUCUAGCCCAGACGCUGAUGCCAGCUCUGGCAUCUCGGGCUCGGCCGUCGUCACCGACAUCGGCUCGUUCCGUCUCACCGCUCAUCAGCCGUUUUCGUAGCCAUGGCCGUAUUUGAAUUGAAGCAAGACCAAACCCG